GAAGCCUUUUGCGUGGAAGAUGGCGGGUGGCGUGGACGGCCCCAUAGGGAUCCCGUUCCCGGAUCACAGCAGCGACAUCCUGAGCAGCCUGAACGAGCAGAGAAACAACGGGCUGCUGUGCGACGUGGUCAUCCUGGUGGAAGGCCAGGAGUUCCCCACCCACCGCUCCGUCCUGGCGGCGUGCAGCCAGUACUUCAAGAAGCUCUUCACCUCAGGGUUAGUGGUGGACCAGCAAAACGUGUAUGAGAUAGACUUUGUGAGUGCGGACGCCCUGUCGGCGCUGCUGGAGUUCGCCUACACCGCGACCCUCACUGUCAGCACUUCGAACGUCAACGACAUCCUCAACGCGGCCACUCUGCUGGAGAUCCCGGCCGUCAGGGAUGUCUGCACGGAUCUCCUGGACAGGAAGAUUCUGGCCAAAAAUGACCAGAUGGAUACAGUAGAUCAAAUUGAUCAGAGGAACCAUCUCAGAGCAAAAGAGUACCUGGAGUUCUUCCAGAGCAACCCCGUCAACGGCCACCAAGGCAGCUUUCCGUGGACCAACCCAGAGUUGAGAGACCUUCAGAGACUGAACUUCCGAGGCCAAGAGGAGGAGGAGGAGUCGAACUGCAACGGCCUGGACUUCUACUCGCAGGCCACCCCAACCGAAAGACCAAAGGCAAGUGACUGUGACCCUGACAGCAACCCGGCCAUGUGGCUGGACCGGGAGGAGGAGGAGCCGGUCACCGCCGGCAUGUUCUCACCUUCCCAGAACGGACAUUACAGCAGCCGUGGCUUGGCCACGCCGGGAGAAGAGGAGGGGGGGACCCCCCGGGGGCCUCUGGACCCGCAGGAAGCCGGCGACUCGCCCGGCUUCAUCCCCGCCGGGGCGGAGACGGAGGACGACGCGCGGGAGGUGGACGACUUGGCCGCCAGCGCCCUCCUGCAGCAGAUGAUCAACUCGGUGGGGCGGCAGCAGCUCGGGGACGACGACCGCAAGGACGACGACGGGGUCAUGGAUUAUUACUUGAAAUACUUCGGCAGUUCGAACGAGGGCGACGUCUACCCGUCCUGGUCCCAGAAGGAGAAGAAGAUCAGGGCCAAAGCAUUCCAGAAGUGCCCCAUCUGCGAGAAGGUGAUCCAGGGCGCCGGGAAGCUGCCGCGCCACAUCCGCACCCACACCGGGGAGAAGCCCUACGAGUGCAACAUCUGCAACGUCCGAUUCACCAGGUACGGGCUGGGGGGGAACGGGGGGGCUCUCCCACAAAUCCGGCUCUUCCCUUGGCUUGGGAGCACGGGGGGCUCUCCCACAAACCCGGCUCUUCCCUUGGCUUGGGAGCACAGGGAGCUCUCCCACAAAUCCAACUCUUCCCUUGGCUUGGGAGCACAGGGGGCUCUCCCACACAUCUGA